AUGAACGGAGAUGUGACAGGGGAUGAAGAGGGCGAAUUCACGUAUACAGGGAGUGGAGAGUCAGUGAUAGAUUAUGUGUUAGGAAAUGAAGAAACGAGGGUAAGAACGGUAAGGUUGGUAGUAGAGGAGAAAGUGGAAUCGGAUCACCAACCAGUGGUAGUAUGGAUAGAAAGAGAAAAAGGGGAAGAUGAAAAAAUAUGGAGGAGGAGGAAAGGGGGGAGAGGGAAAAAGGUAUGGUGGACAGAAGACAGAAGGAAGGAAUUUGGGGAAGGGUUUGUAGGGAAAGAAGGAAGGGUAAAAGAGGUAGAAGAGGUGUGGGAAGAAUUAAAAAGGGAGGUAUUACAGGUGUUAGAAAAGAUGGAGAAGAAGUAUAAUAGGAAGGAAGGAAGAGACGCGUGGGAUGAAGAAUGGAAGAAGAAGAAGAAUGUAGCGGAAGAGGAAUUGAAAAAAUGGAAAAGGGAAGGAGGAAGUGGGGAAAGCUUUAGGAAGGCAAGAAGUGAGUUAGGUAAAAUGAGUAGAGAGAAGAAAAGUAGCGAAAAAGAGAGGUGGUAG